UAAAGCAAAAAAAACAGGUACAAUAGGAAUUUUAGCCACGGCAAAGAAAAAAAAAUGAUUGUUUUUAUGAUCUUAUUGUCAAUUUUUCCAUUUAAUUUUGGUUUAAAUGAAGAAUAUAAUUGUACGAAUUUUAAUUAUUUUUGCUGCAAGAAUUUUAAUACUUCAUCGUCUCAACUGCAAAACGAAAAAUUGAAUUGUAUUAAUACAAAUUGCAGUUUUCCAUUAAAUUGUUCUAGUAAUGAAAUUUGGUACGAGAUAACUUGUUGCCAAAAUGAAUCGAAAUGCAAUAUCUUGUCGUUUGAAGAUCAAUGCAAAUUAUUUAGAUCUACUCGAAAUAUAAUAACCCAAAAUUAUUCAAAUAUAACUACCCAAACUUCAAUGGAUACAACAACUGAAACUGUAAUAAAUGUAACUACUACAAAAACUGGAAUAAAUGCAACAGACCAGACUUCAAUGGACACAAUAACCCAAACUGCAAUAGAAGCGUCUACCAUAAAAAAUGAAACAAAUGCAACUGUUAGAAUUGUCUCAAGUACGACAACUGCAUUUAAUCAUUCGACAAGGGAAAGAUGGGGUGAAGAUAACUUAUCUGAGAAAUCAAUAGUGACGACCGAUUAUUCCGUUCAAAAGACCACUUCGGUACAAUUUCUUAGUUCGACCGAUAUACUAUCGAAAGAAAUCACUUCAUUUUCACUGAAAAGAGAGAAAAUGAAAAAUUCUGAUGAUGAAGUUAAAUUAACGAUAGUAAUUGCAGUUCCUGUCGCUUCAGUAAUACUCAUUCUUCUUAUUGGCAUAGUUAUUUUCUUAUUGUGCCGAGAUAGAUUUAUGAAUAAAAGACGAGGAAAAGCCAACGGAUCAAUGGUUUACUUUAAUCAAGAGACCUGUCAUAGAAUUUCAACCAUCUACGAUAGUAUACAAAUAAGCGAUAGUGAAAAUGAUAAUGCGAAAUAUGAUGAAGUUGAUACUAGUUGUAAUGGAAAUCAUCACCAAUAUCCAUUUUCAUUUCUAGAUGGGAAAGCAGAAAAUAUUGAAAAAGACGAUUUUACGCCUAAGAAUAGUGAGAACAACGGAAGUCCCUCCUACGUAGAACGAUUCUGA